CGAGCGCUCGCUGACUACUCGGCAAUAAUAACAAUAACAACAAAAAAAGAGAGUCAUGACUAGUUAGAUUUCUAUUCAACUGGGUCGUCGUUAUCUAGUUAUACUGUCGGUGUAUCAGAUAACUAAGUAGGAGCCAGGUAUCGCACCGUCAAUUUUUACACAAGGAAUCAUUAGAUUGACCAAAAUGCAGACCAAAAUGCUUGGACAUGUUGGCCUUGCAUUGCUUGUGUUGAUGAGCUGCAACUUAUGUUCUGCAUUCAGAGCAUCUCUUCAACAUGAAGACAUAACAUUUUGGAUGGAAAGCGGCCGUGACAAUUUGCAGCGAAUCUUGUCGUUAAAAAACAUUGAAAAGCGUGCGAAAAAUGUGAUCAUCUUCAUCGGUGAUGGUAUGGGAAUGUCCACCAUCACAUCCGGAAGGAUAUUCACAGGACAGAUGAAGGGUAACGCCGGAGAGGAAUACAAACUCACGUUCGAGCAAUUUCCCAGCACUGGAUUUUCCAAGACAUACAAUGUAGACCGACAGGUACCAGACUCGGCCGGUACUGCCACAGCGAUAUUCACGGGUGUAAAAGCUCAAUACAGGAUGUUGGGUCUGGAUGGGAAGGUCAAGCACAAUACGUGCGACAAAUUUCUCGUAGACAAUAGCCAUCUGACUUCGAUCGCCAGCUACAUGCAGGAGAGUGACAUGGACACCGGUUUCGUAACAACGACACGAGUCACACACGCAACUCCUGGUGGAUUAUACGCACAUUCACCUAAUCGCGACUGGGAGUGCGACACUGAAGUACCGCCCAACUAUCGCGACUGUAUCAAGGACAUUGCUAGGCAACUUGUCGAGGAGUCACCCGGCAAUAAAUUCAAGGUAAUAAUGGGUGGAGGUGCCAGUUCCUUAGGUUUGCACUCAAACUAUUCAGACAGUGAAGCUUGCAACCGUUCCGAUGGCCGAAAGCUCUACGAUGAUUGGCUGUCGUUGGAAACUGGUUCAAAACUCGUAACCACUGUCGACGAUCUCAUGGCUGUUGAUAUUAACAAUACCUCCAAACUGAUGGGUCUAUUCGCUGAUAGCCAUUUGCCUUAUGCUGCUGUCAAGCCAAAAUACAUACCUAGUCUCGCGAACAUGACGCUACAGGCAAUCAAAAUGCUAAAAAAAAGCGACAAGGGCUUCUUUCUCAUGGUGGAAGGUGGCAAGAUCGACAUUGCCCAUCACGCCAACUACGCUCAGCUGGCGCUACGCGAAUUGGCCGAGCUGGAUGACGCGGUGACGACGGCUAUGGAGAACGUGAAUAUCGACGAAACACUGAUCAUCGUCACGGCCGACCAUUCACACGCGUUCACGAUGAACGGUUACCCGUUAAGAGGAGCAGACAUUCUUGGCUUGACAACUGUCGCGGGUGCAACUCAACAAUUCGAAACUCUCAGUUACGCCAAUGGACCUGGCUACUAUUAUCACAGGAUCAAUAAUACUAACGAGCAGGACAAGCUCUGGAGAGAUCUGGAGAACGACCCUAACAGAAAGGAUCCUUUCUAUAGGCACUGGGCUGGAAGGUACACCAAGGACGAAACGCACGGUGGCGAGGAUGUUGGAGUGUUCGCUAUUGGACCCUACUCUCACCUGUUCCGCAGUACUUUCGAACAAAACUAUAUAGCCCACGUGAUAGCCUACGCAUUGUGUCUGAAAGGCUGGCCGUCGCAUUGCGACGCGGAACGCUAUCACUACGACAUCGUCAACAGUAAUAACUCUGCAAUGGCAACAGCGACUAUUUUCCCAGGCCUUGUAUUUAUGCUCAUUGGACUGGCGACUUACCUUGUCUAGUACGGAAAUUGUUCUUACAAUUUUACGCGGAUCUACUUAGAGAGAACAGCUUCUUGAACUGAACGAAAGUGGAAUAGUACAUUAAGGCUGGUGUAAUACCGAAAUGACGCAUGAAAAGGUGUGUGAGUGUGUUCGUGAAGACUGAUCAAUCAACUACUUUUCAAUAGUCUAUUGGAUAUUUGAUCCCAUUCCGGUAAAUGCUCUUAAAGAAAACAGAUACGUGACUUGCAGUAUUCACAAGUUAUCCGUUACAAUUAACGCUGCAACCUUGCUACUUACAUUACUCUUGAGAUUGUUGAUUGUUAGGUAAUAAUUGACUCAACGAAUCCAAGUGCUGUGAGUUACUGAUCCAUGCGUCGAAACAUUCAUCUUGUUAUCUGUAGUAUCGUGUACAUAUUUAGAAUUAGUGUGAAUAAUACAAUUUAAUCCACAAAUAUUAGUUUAUUUUAAAAUACGUAUUUAUUUUCCAGCAAAGAUUUCAGACCCCCAUUGUAACUAUUGCAACAGUGAACUCUCUUAUUCCCGCAACAAAAUAUUUUACAAUUGUUAAAGAAAUACUAGUCUAACUAAAAUUAUAAAAUAGUGUAAAAACUGCAAAUGUCUAUUAAAAUGAAUCGUUAUUUUUGUACACUUUUCUCCACUUAUCUGUCAAAGAACCUCGACACUCGCAAACGUUAUAUGUCUUGUCACGGUAAGAUAUUUGUUUCCUUUUGAGUUUUUGAUCGAAUGAUUAACUUUUCAGCAUCAACUGUAAUCUGGAUUUAUCGAAAACAC